CUGGACAAAAAUCAAUCAGACUCAGAUUUUAGGAAAUGUCGCGGCGGCUUUGCAUGCGAUGAGGGCGAGUUGCAUGGCUGCCGGGGUGUUUCACCUGCAGAGGACAAACUGCGCACGGAGGGGGAGCUGUGCACUUUGCUGCAGUGCAAUGAGACGCAUAGGCGUAGUCCCGUCUGCAUGCAGGCUGCAGGUAGAGCGGCGCUGCCAGGCCCUUGUUCUGGGGUUUCCGUGUGACAAUAUGCAGGACUGUGGUGUGAAGGUCUGAUCGGACAGAAACACGUCGCCAUGGAGCUGCAUCUGCUGGUCACGGUUUGCCUCCUCUUUGGCAAAAUAGUGAUUACUCAUCAAACUCACAUGAGCUCCGUGUACACAUAUCUGUUCACGCCGCGCGGGCCGCAGAUGUUUACGUGUUUGACGUACCUGGAGAGAAACGUCCGGGUCGAUUGCGAGUUCCUGGCCAGCGACAUGGUUCCCGGGCCCUACUGCGAGUAUCGCCAGGACAGCCGGCUGGUGGGCUCCACCUACCCCAACGCCGUCAUCUACGUGUCAACGGAGGACCGGAGGAGGAGCAACGUCAGCCUCGUGGCCCCCAAUCUGUGCCGCCUGACCUGGGCCCCGCUGGCCGACGAGAAGCCCUACACCUACACCUGCAGGGUUUACCAGGGCAACGGCUGGAAGGAGAACAGCAUGGCUGUUCAUCACAGGCAUCUCCUGAUCUGUUCUGCAAUCAGCGUCCUGUUCAAGUCGGCACCUUGGGUUUGGUCACUGGUGAUUUCACUUCCUGUAGCCGUGGGGCUUCUAAGUCCAUGAGCUUGCACUUUCACGUGGUAUAUCUGCUCUGAGGACAUUUCAGGAUUGUUGUUCGACGCCUCAGGGUGGGAAGUUUUAAUUUUAUUUUUAUGUAUUAUUUCUGACACAGCAGAUAAAAAACCCCUUAAAAGUUUUUUUCUUUAACAAACCUCUGUCACCAUUCUACCUUAAACUCCUGUAUUAAACAAAGAUAAAGCAGGGGAUGAAAAUAAGAGACGAUUGAAUAACAAUGUAAAGAAAUUAAUCAUUUUCUCUCAAGAUGAUGAAUAUUAACUACAUAUUAAUCAGUUUUAACUGUCUGGUUAUUAAAUAAUAUUAAAUAAUAAAUAUUUUAUUAACAAAAUAAAAGACAAUUUAGUGUUUUUUGUAAUUUAAAGAAAUGCAGAUGAUACUUAUUUUCUCCUAUAGCUAUGCUUACCAUAAACGUCUGAUUAAAACGCCUGAUAUAUAGCGUCAUUGUCUAUGUUCCUUAUGUGUAUAGAUCUGUAUAAAAAGGGAGUAGACCUAUAACUUCUUGUGAUAAAAAGUCAUCAUAAACUGAAAGUGAUUAUUGUGUUGCUUAAUAUUAAAUGCAAUAUUCAAGCCUCCUGUCUGUUCAGCUGGAUGUUCUGGCUCUGAAGUAUCUGCUCAAACACUGCCUUUUCUGUUCGCAUUAGGCCUCCGGAGGAGCUUCAGCAGUUCCUCUACUCUGGACUCUGACGUGAGGUUCUUCUGCUUACGAUGCAUCAAUCCACAUCCAGUGCCUUGCAAAAUUCAUGCCCUCACAUUUGUCCAUGUUUUGAGAUGUUGCAACCACAAACUUGAAUGCAAUGAGCUGAGAUUUUAGCGCUUUGUAGAACCGUCUUAUGCUGCUGAGUCUUUUGGAAGUAUGUCUCUACCAGUUCUGGACAUCUACAGAUGCUAUUGUUUCUAAAAAUAUCUCAAGUUCUGUUGAGUAGGAUGAAGAGCAACUGGUUUUCAAAUCUUGCAACAGAAUUUAGGUCUGGACUUUGACUAUUCUGUAGCUAUACAUGCACAUCCCUUACUGGACCUUUGUUUUUGUCUCAAGUCUUUUUCAACCUCUACAUGAUUUUCUCUCAGGAUUGCAGUGAGUUUAGGCCAGCGUUUUUGCUGAAGAAAAGCUCCCCCACAGCAUGGCCAUGCCACCACCGUGUUUCACCAUGGGGAUGAUAAUGUCAUAAUUAUGGAGAUUGUUAGUUUUUUGUCACAUGGAGGGCAUAGCUUGGAGAUCACUAACAGUUCAGCUUUUCAAAAGAGAGACGUUUGGCCUCGCUGUCAAAAAAAUUCCUCCACAUGAGUUGUGGAUACUUGCAGCCCCUCCAGAGUUACCGCUGGAUCCUUGGCCGUUUUUCUGCUUGACAGUCUCCUGAAAAGACAUGUCUUGGUUUAUAGUUUUGCCAUUAUGACAAAAACGUUUCAGAAGUUCAAAGCUUAGGAUGUUAUUUUACACACUAAACCCUAGAACCUUAUCUCUGACAUCUAUCAGACAGAACAGCUGCAUUUAUUCAGAGAUUAAAUCACACUACGAAUGAAUAAAUUUGUUGCACUCGAUUUCUUUAGAGGCACCACAGUGAAGAAGGAAAAAAAAUACUUUUCAGGUCAUUUUCUGUCCAACAUUGUGUAUAUUUUUGAGAAAACACAUAAAAGUUUGUGGUUGUUUCACAGCUAAAUGCGGCAAAGAUUAGGGGUGGUGAAUUAUUUUGCAGGGUACUGUAAGUGUUGAUUCCUAUUCCCCCUUUAAAUUAAUUGGAACAAAAAGUAUUUCUUUAUCAGUUCAAGAGCACAGUUUCUGUAGUUUCUUUUCCUUGUUUUUCUGUUUAUGUUGCUUUCUUGCUCAGACUUCUCACUUGUUAAUUGUUUAAUCACCAUAUUUGUGUCUCUUUUGCUGACCGCUUAGUUUUGUUACCGAGAAAAAGAAAAGAUUGUUCCUGUAUUUUUCUUUUGAGCUCAUCACCUCAGAUUAUUUCUUUAACCGCUACAGGUGCAAUAUGUUGUACAAACAAACUGUUACUAAUAAAGGUGCACAACUAUAGCAGUACUUCCUGUGAA